AUGGAGCCUGUUUUUAGAAAUCGUUCAGGAACUCAUAUUGAACAUUACAGCACUGGUGGAGGAAAUAAUUGUCUAGGUUGUCUAACCGACAGUAGUCACAAAACUGGUAAUUAUAACUUCAACAUUGAAUUUAAUUUGACAGCGGGAGGGGUUAUAGAAAUUAAAAGUGUAGAGUAUGGUGAAGACAAAGAAGAAACAUAUAAAAAUCGUGGUGGCAACCCCGCCGGAAUUCCCCCAUCUACUAACUUACCAACUGACCCCAAUCAAGCCGAAAUUCCCCCAUCUACCCCUUUCAACCCCAACCAAUUCCCUCAAUCUGGUAAUCUAAUCCCUAAUCCAACUGGUUCAGGUGAACAAGAAUUUGCUGUCCCUGAUAUUGACAAUGACUAUGACCCUGAUUUUGACCAAGGAGUUGAUAUUGACCCCACACAAGACAUUGAUCCAACUCAAGACCCUGAUGAACCAACUGAGCCUGAUGUUCCUCCUGAUGAUGAUCCACCAGAUGACCCUGAUUAA